AUGGACUACCAAUGGCGAAAAAAAAAACUCGUCACUUCCAAGAGGCGACAUGUCGGGAAGAGUACCUGCGUUGGGCAAGCAGGCUGGGUCUCGGUGCGGGAUGUUGCAGGAAUCCUCUGUCUUCACGCAUGGGAACCCCGAAGGAACCCCACGCCGCCACUUCUACCGAGCCAGCCUCUGGAGUCUUGCUUGUCCAGACUCAUGGACUUGCCAUGGCGGCAUCGGUUACACAGGCAUACCUCUUUCCAGGCACUCUCACCACCAGCAUAUAGUGGCCGAGUAGAUGCUGCAGACUACCAUGUCGUGCCCCAAGUGAUCCUGCCAUGGCACGUGCAAACCACCAACGUCCACCCACCUUGCACCGCUGACCCACCCACGCCCGCCCGUGCCAAGCACAGCCGUCACCUCGAUUACGCGACUACUCGACUACUCUCACUCCUGUCCACCCACACGCACCUAGCUUGCUCUCUUCCUCGAGUAGGCUCCCUGAUCUACUCUAUCCACACCACUAACAGAAAUCGAAUCGGCCGCCGAAAGAACAAGGAAAAUCGUCUGGCCUCGAUGAUUUGGCCCGGUGCAGACUCUAGGGCUGGGAAGAGUGGAUGCCUGCCAAGCCACCUCUGGCCAACACGGUACUCAAUGCGCCAUGGCAAAGCCAAGCACAACAUCCUCCUGGGCAUGCCGCGACCUGGAAAGAACGCUGUCGGCUUGUCCAUUGCAGAUUCUUCGUCAUGCUGCCUGGGUCCUGGGAAGAAAAAAACAAUUCCUUGCCCUGUCAAGACCAACUACCCCAAUUCCUCUCUUCCGGAGCUCGUCAGUCCAAAGCAUCCUUUGACCAUGCUCUCACCUGCACGCUCGCCGCUUUCGAGCGCAGUCCUGCUGUUUGCUGCUGCCGCUGUGGCGCAGACAACCACUGCACCGCCAUCGUCUGCUCCAGCUGCCACACCGACACAGUCCAUCACUGCAGUCUCGGAUUGCCAUGCCCAUCAAACUGUCAACUGGUGCAUGUAUGGUACAGAAGAGUACCAGAUUGUCGGCCCGACCAGGACCGAAGAAUUCCAAUCUCAGUAUACCGACUGCCAUACCCAUGGCGGCUCCGAGACCUUCUGUGUAGAUGAAGCUGGCCAGGACGUCCAAGUCUUGGUCGAACCCACGGAAACGCCCACCACGCCAGCUAAUAAUCAGUCGGAAGAGCCUGCCGGAUCGGGAGAGCAUUGCCAUUACCAUGCCGGAGUCGAACAUUGCGAAGACGAUGCUGAAGAACCUGCAGCCGAACCUGCAGGAACUGGACAGCACUGCCAUUUCCAUGCCGGAGUCGAACAUUGCGAAGACGACGCAGAAGGAACGGCAGCCGAACCCGCAGGAGCGGAAGAGCACUGUCACUCUCAUGCUGGAGUAGAACACUGCACGGGAGGUUCAUCGGGAGAAGCUAGCUGUGACGCACCAACACGAGACUACAACGUCAGGCUUCGUGUCGGCCUUUUGUUUGUCAUUCUCGUCACGAGCGGCAUUGGAGUCUUUACCCCGGUACUAACCACCCGCUUCAACCUCAUCGGGCAGAACAACAUCGUCUUUGUCAUUCUGAAGCAAUUCGGAACCGGCAUCGUCAUCUCCACUGCUUUUAUCCAUCUCUUUACCCAUGCCCAGCUCAUGUUCGCAAGCGAAUGCCUGGGCGUUUUGCAGUAUGAAGGUGUCACUUCGGCCAUCUUCAUGGCCGGCCUCUUUUUGUCUUUUGUCGUCGACUACCUCGGCGCCCGUUUUGUACAGUGGCGUCAGAACAAACGCGUGGGCUCGAAUGCAGAGGUCGCAGUACCUAGCCCUGACAACAAGUCCACCAACGGCUCCGCACCUUCUCCCACGCCAGACCACGAUUUCAAUCGCAGCCACGGGAUCGCUCAUGCCCAUGGCCCCAUGCGUGAGCCCACGCCCAUGGAGGAGAAGAUCAAUGUGAUGAACCUCGAGGCCGGCAUCAUCUUCCACUCCAUCCUCAUUGGUAUCACCCUCGUCGUCGCCAGCGACAGCUUCUUCGUCACCCUCUUCAUCGUCAUCCUCUUCCACCAAAUGUUUGAGGGCAUCGCCCUGGGCACCUGCAUCGCCGAGCUCCCCAAAGCCGCAGCCUCGACGCUGCAGAAAUGCAUCAUGGCUGGCGUCUUCAUGCUCAUCACCCCCAUCGGCAUGGCCAUUGGCAUCGGCGUACUCAACGAGUUUAACGGCAACGACCCGAGCACGAUUGUGGCUAUUGGCACCCUCGAUGCCCUGUCGGCCGGUAUUCUGGCCUGGGUCGGCAUCGUUGAGAUGUUGGCGCGGGACUGGAUGCAUGGCAAGUUGUUGACUGCGGGCUUGGCGCGCACGUCGAUUGCCAUGUUUGCGCUCGUUUCAGGGUUGGUGCUUAUGAGCGUGUUGGGCAAGUGGGCUUAG